UUGAGCACUGUGCCCGCUGCAUGGUGGGGACUACGAUGCGCCUUUACGUUUCUGGCCGAACUGCUUCACAUUCGGCCAGGAAUGGGAAGUGAGGGGUGGGCUGCGGCGAUUGUCGGAAGUAUUGGACAAGAUUGGGAUGUCGAGAGAAGAUUUCGCGUGACAGAGGUGGCAUUGGCUAUCGUAUGGUGCUGUGCAUCUGCUUAUCUUUCUUACUUUUUUGCUGAUUGUAUGAUGUCUCGAUGGCUUCUAAAUUACACCCCGCCGGCGGUUGUAAUUCGUCUCUUAACAACGAAUGGGUUAAUUGCGUAUAUGACUUCUUGGGUUCUCUAUCUCUCGGGUGCAUCUUAUGAUCCUCGCCUCCUCUUACCCGCAUGGAUAUCCAUUACAACUACACUUACUUUCUUAUACUCUGCAACUCAAAACCACGCCACGAUCAAACGCGAGAAACGGGCUUCCCUCCUAGUAGUAUCCGUCGCUAGCUUCGUUAGCAUGUCAUCCCUCCUUUUACAGUUGCAUCUCACCCGUGAAAAUGAACCCGAGGUACCUGUGUUUGUGAUCACACGGAAAUUAUGGGACUGGGCAGUCGCGAUUUUCCUUCGCAUGCGAGUCGCCGAUGAUAGGGUAGAGCUAUAA